UCUGCGUCAGCGGGAUACAUGCACCUGGCUGUUUGACCACGGUGAAUUCAAAUCAUGGCGUUCGAGCGAGUCUGCAUUCCUGUGGCUGCACGGAAUACCGGGAAGCGGGAAGAGCGCGCUGGCAUCAUCCAUCAUCGACGAACUCCAGGCAAAUAAUUCUGCUGACACACCAUUGAUAUACUUCUAUUGUGAUUUCCGAGACGCGAAGAGUACAACUUCAGCAGCUCUAAUCCAUACCUUACUCGCCCAAUUCUUGAGGGCUGGUUGGUCCCAAGAUAUUCAGUCGUUGGCUCAAAUCAAAGCAAGGAGUCCCUCUCCCGCUACAGACAUUCCCGCUCUGCAUACAUUGUUACUCAAAGCCAUUGGUGCCUACACAAGUCCAUUCGUCGUCAUCGAAUCGACGCACUGGACGAGUGCCAGGAUAUCUCGGAAAUCCUGCCCUUGCUGUCAAGGCUACAUGACGAGUCAAAUGUCCGUCUGUUCAUGACCAGCCGCAAGGAGCAUGCUAUAUACGAAGCAUUCAAGGCACUCCCAUCGAUCUCUCUGAAGCAUGAAGCACAACAUGUUCACGAUGAUAUCAAGAUGCACGUCCAAUCUGCAUUACAGUCACGGCCAAAACUUGCUCGUCUGCCUGCUGAUGUCCGCUCAAGCAUUGAGACGACUCUGUUGAGCAAGGCCAAUGGCAUGUUUCGCUGGGUACAGUGUCAGUUGGACUUUCUUAACAGCUGUCGGACCCGGAAAGGUGUUCAAGAUGCGCUCCAUAAUCUACCAAAGGGGUUAUUUGAGACAUACGAGCGUAUUCUGGCGACGAUUGAAAAGCAGGGACCAGAAGUUGCCCAAAUCGCGCGUUCUUCGCUGGUGUGGCUCGUUGGGGCACUGACACCGUUGACCCUGCAACAAGUCAAUGAGGCGAUCAUGAUAGAGAAGGGACGAUAUAUGCUGAACGAGGAGCUUGGAGUCUUCAACGUGAGCGACGUCCUAGAUAUCUGUGGAAGCUUGGUUGAACAUCGUGACGACACCGAUAUUAUCAUUUUGUCCCAUUUUACGGUCAAGGAAUUCCUGACUGGUGUGCUUAUGCAGCCCCCGCUAGAUUUCUUUGCCACGCAGCCGGCGUCGGUAGCAAAAGAAUUGGCACAAUUGACAUUAACCUACCUCUUACUCGAGGAUUUCUCGACAGGUAUCUGCCACACUCCAGGGGCUUACAAUGCUCGACUUUUGAAUCGUCCGCUAUUGAGGUAUGCAGCAACUCAUUGGUACCUGCAUGUCGCCGACAUGGACGAGGAAGAUGAAGAGGUCCUUUUAUAUAUCAAAGACUUAUUCAUGAACCCGGAGAGAUCCAAUAACUAUUUCAGCUUCAAGCAAGUGCAUCAAUUUGAAGGGCGAGAUUCAUAUCGUUUCACGAAGAACGGCGCAGCGGCCGUUGAGAAUACGGGUCCACUCUGGUUCCCACUGUACUACAAUAGUCCUUGGGUCGUCUCAAAUGUUUUACACGAACACCCCGACCUUUUGGAGGCCGAAUUACCUCUCUGGGGCGCCACACCUCUGAUUACCGUCGCGUAUAGAGGUCACACGGCUAUCGGGGAACUUCUGCUGGACAUGGGCGCAGACAUCGAGAAGACUACAACCAGCUUUGUAAUGGACGACCAUACCACUGUCACUCCUUUGUCUGCUGCUGUUGGGCUCGGACAUGUCGAAUUUGUCGAAAUGCUGUUAAAGCGCGGGGCGUGUGUCAAUACUCGCAGUGCACCCACCAACCAGACUCCUCUCCAUGUUGCCGCUUACCGUGGACAGAUGGCACCAAUCUCUAUGCUCUUAGAGCGUGGAGCGGAUGUUCAUGCACAAACAGUAAAUGGAUGGACCGCUCUGCAUAUCGCGGUAGCAGGAGGCAAUGUAGAAGUGGUAGACGUGCUGUUGGCUUCGGGCUGCGAAACUUCUGUUGCAACGACAUUGGGAAAAAGCCCGCUUCAAAUUGCAUCAGACAUUCGGUCGGCCAAGCUAGUGGAGGUUCUCCUCAAACAUGGGGCAGCCAAACAAGCUACGUUGCAACUUGACGCUGCGCAGCUAGAUUGGGCCCAAUCGCAACCAUGGUACUCUUCCAUUGCUCAGGCCAUACGCCUUGAAUCACCAGAAAAGUCGAAUUAUGACUUUCUGGAUGUCUGGAAGGUUAGGCAUAUCCUGCACUCUCAGUCUCGUCUGCCUCCCAAAGUUGUGGAUGUAAUUCUGGAUGACGCCGAGUAUUGGGCUUGCAGCGAAGUUGUACACCAAUACUUACCACCCAAACGAAUGACACGAGAAUCACCUCAAGAGGCGUUCGUCCGAGUCCGCGUGAAAGGCCGAGGGUAUCCUACGGUUCGCAAGCUUGUUUUUGUUACGAGAACUCAUGACCAAGGCUUCAGCGGAGAAUUGGAGAAUCAUAGCUCGUACCGUUUGUCGUGGACGUGGUUCGAAGCAGGGGUAUCCCGCCGUGAUGACAGUGGUGCCAUGGUGGAGAUCGCACCCCGGCAGCACAUCCAGUUCAAUAUACGUGCAUCGUCAAUUACACAUGUCAAUGCAGUGUGGGAGUAUCGUAAUGCCAGUCCCGAGAUGAAGGCUUGGCUGGGAAGAAUCAUACACGGUGACGAGAUAUUGGUCCUACCAAGAGCUGAAUUUCCUGCUUGGUGUAACUGGGUGGAGGCUAUUAGUGUUAAAGUAUAUACAACCAUAUAGCGUACUGCUGAGAUAUUUUGCACCUUUCAUUAUAUGUGCACUUCGUCACUGAGGCCAUCAAAAACUUGAAAAAAUUCAACGCCGU